GUUACGUCAUCUACGUUACCUUGUGGCUCUCUUCGAAGGGUGGGCGGAGCUGUCGGCCGUUAGAUUUUAACAACGUCAUCUUCUGUAACAAGCUUUCUCCCCGUUGCUGCUAAAAAGCUCUCGAUAGUAGUUCUAGUUGUAAGCAGGCCCUCGUGGGACAAAUCAGAUUAUUACGGAGGGAUUUUCACGUGUGACGUAACGGCUUUAUCCUGCCAAACACUCGCAACAAGACGAGCGUUUCUUGUUCAUUCGCUCGGGUUCGCUCACCGCCUUCGCUCAAGCGUCCACUUAAACGACAGCUCUUAGUAGUAAAUUAGGCGGCGUCUAGCGCUGCCGCUUCGUUUCGCUCGCGCAGAGCGAAGUGUACGUAUCUAAUGCAGUGGGGCGCCGCUCGUGCGGCACUUCUCUCCUGUCCCUGCCUCUCAACACCUCUCCUUAGCUCUCCGGGACUUCACUAUGACUCCUUAGACAGGUCCUCGCCCCCGAGAGAAGCGGAACACCGGCGGAAACAUGGCUUCUUUUCUCCAGAUCGCUGAUGACGAGAAAGGCUACGAACUGGAGCUCUUCUGCAUCCCCAGACAUUAUGAAAACGAUCUAGACAAGGUGAUCAUCCCUCAUGGACUCAUCAUGGACAGGACAGAGCGUCUUGCCCGAGACAUAAUCCAGGACAUGGGAGGACACCACAUAGUGGCACUGUGUGUGCUAAAAGGCGGCUAUAAGUUCUUUGCAGACCUCCUGGACUACAUAAAGGCACUGAACCAGAACAGUGAUAAAUCAGUCCCACUCACUGUGGAUUUCAUUAGGGUGAAGAGCUACUGUAAUGACAAGUCAACAAAUAAGGUCAAAGUCAUUGGAGGAGAUGAGCUGUCCAGUCUGGAAGGCAAGAAUGUUUUGAUCGUAGAGGAUAUUGUUGAGACGGGGAAGACGAUGCAAACACUACUGUCCUUACUGGGUAAAAGUAGUCCCAAGAUGGUUAAAGUUGUAAGCCUUUUGGUGAAGAGGACACUGCGCAGCACAGGCUACAGACCAGACUACUUCGGCUUCGAGGUACCAGAUACCUUUCUCGUGGGCUACGCUCUGGAUUAUAACGAGUACUUCAGGGAUCUCAGCCACAUCUGCGUCCUGAACGACCAAGCCAAGGAGAAGUACAGAGUGUGAGCAGAUGUACGCUGCAGAAGCCACUGCUGCAUAUUUGAAUGACAACUGUGACGAACCUCCUCGGCUUUGCUGUUUCUUUUUUUUAUUUGUAUUUUUUUUUUACCCAAGAAACCAAAAAACAAAACAUUUUAGUUGUAUGUUGUAAAUGUAAAUAGAUCAGAGUGGAUUUAUUUUGCAGCUAUUCAUAAGUUAGUUUUAAAUAUAGAACAUAUUUUGUUUGUUGUAAUUUAUUAUACUUUUUAUUUUAAUUUAAGUGCGUUUGUUACUUUAUCUGGGAGGACAGUGUUGUACUGUUACCUAAAAUGCCAGUCUCCUCCUUUGCGUAAAAAACAAAGAUUUGGAUUGUUUACUGUAUUCAUCUAUCAUAUGCAAUGUUUUCACAAAGAACCUGUUUACAGCAAUACGAAUAUAUAUAAAUAUAUUAUUUUUUAGGUUUCUGCCACUGAUGGUGCAAUUUACAGUUUUACAGAGCAUACUAGUACUUUAAGUUACAUUGAAGAAACAUAUGUUUCUACCUGUCCACAAUUCAUUAUUUUUUUUCCAAAGUGUUAUGUUUGCACCAGAUGAUGAAGAAAUAAGAAAAUAAAUUAAAAGGAAUUUGCAUGUAGUGAAAUAAAAUUGUAUGGUUUACUACCAGGGACAAAUGACCAAUCAGCCUCGUCACAAAAUCAUUUACCAUCAUUCCCAAGUGUCAAAUCUUAUGUCAGUUUUAUAGUUGUAUUAGGGGUUCCUAGAAUCCCUCCCCAAACUAGAAACAGUGGACUCAGAAAAGUCUUUAGAACAGAUGAGAGGAAAGACGUUUGAUUUUUUAUUUUAUUAAUGUAGCAGCAGGAUUACAGAUAUAAACAGAAGAGUAUACAAAUGUCAAUAACAAGGCAAAGUACAUGUUAAUAGUUUGAAUGUAUGAUAACACACCAGGUUUGACCUUUUGUCCCUACUGCGGGGUCUUAAGGCUAAGAUAUUUAAAAGCCCAAACUACGGCAAAUGGAUAAAAGAGAACUGUCGAGAGUACACGAAAUAGGAUGCAAACUAGGAAGGGUGAGCGAAACGAUUACACGAGAGAUAUAGCUCACAUGGUUGGCAAUUAACAGUUAAAAAGUAGAGUUUUUCUCUGAUCAAGCGUUUCACAGCAACAACAGUAAUGUCAACAAGCACAUCAACACAAGAAAGCACUCGAUGAAAACCCAUCUUCUCAUGGACGUCUCCUUUUUCACAUCUAUAAAUCUCACCAGGCGUGGGUGGGGG